AUGGAGAUGAACUAUGAUGAAAGGACGCUUCAUCAGAUCGAGGAGGAGCUGGGGACGGUGAUAUACCCAGGCACGGAAAUCAUGGCAGACGUGGGCACUCAUCACUUUGUGAAAUCAUCAUCCACUUCCGAUCGAGUCUUGGUGCCUCAACCUUCGCAAGAUUCUCAUGAUCCUCUGAAUUGGAACCGAUUCUGGAAGAUGAGCGCCAUGGCGGUAUCGACCUUGACAUCUUUCAGUCAAGGCUUCGGUCCAUUGGCGCUGGCUCCUAUGUUUCCGCAGCUGAUGGAAGCGUUUGAAGCCGACCUGGCCUCCGUCGUGCAAUUCACCGGAGUUUGUAUCUUGGUUCUGGGGUUCAGUAACUUUUUCUGGAUUCCCAUCCAAACAUCUUAUGGACGGCGACCGGUCUUGAUAUUCUCGACGCUGAUCUGUCUGGUCAGUAAUAUCUGGCGAGCCACAGCGACUAGCUAUGGUAGCUAUAUGGGAGCUUGUGUGCUCAAUGGCUUUGGUGCUGGUCCUGCUGAGACUUCUCAGCCUGAGAUCAUCACCGAUGUCAUGUUUCUCCACGAGCGUGGUGCUUAUAACACAAUGUACUUCACGGCAUAUUUCGGGUCUCUUAUGGUCGGUCCCAUCGUUGCUGGCCCUAUGGCUGAGCAUAGUGGCUGGCGCAGCUUCUUCUGGUUGAACGUCGGUCUCUUGGGUCUCACGCUUCUUCUUCAGAUCUUCCUCUUCCCCGAGACGAAGUGGCAUCGCACUCAUCCAGACGAGGGAGCCCAAGCGCGAGAAUCUUCUGUUCUUGGAAGGGAAGACUCCGAGACAGAAAAGCCAGUAGGGGUGACAGAGCAUGAGAACGUGAAUGCGGAAGCUGGCGAUAAUGACCCCCAUCUGCAUAAAGGUACCCCGUCAAAGAAGCAGUUCAAGCUCUGGCAACUGGAUGGAAAUAACAUCAAGACGGUCUUGAUCGCUUUCUACACCCCAUGGAAACUUCUGACCUUCCCUAUUGUGGAAUUAGCUGCUUUCGUUGUGUCAUGGUCAGCUAGUUGUUUCCUCACAUUGAAUCUUACACAGAGUCAGGCCUUCGCAGGGCCUCCAUAUAACUUUAGCAGUCAAACGAUUGGUUUCUUCAACUUCGCAAUCCUAAUUGGAGCUUUCAUUGGACUGGCAACCAAUGGCCUCCUGUCUGAUUGGGUCUCUAUGAAGGCGACUCGAAAGAACAGAGGUAUUCGAGAACCAGAGAUGCGUCUGCCAGCGAUGAUUCCGUACGUGAUCAUCUCGAUCAUUGGCAACUUCAUUGUGGCAUUUGGAUAUCAAUAUCAAUGGGACUGGAAGAUUAUUGUGAUCAUCGGAUAUACUGCAGCAGGAAUUCAGGUUGCAGCCUUGCCAGCCAUCACCAGCACAUAUGCAGUCGACAGCUAUAAGCCCGUGGCAGGCUCGAUCUUCGUGUCCAUCACUGUGAAUAAAAAUCUCUGGGGUUACGGCUUCAGCAAGUUCAUCACCCCAUGGGUGGAAGAGAGCGGAUUUAUCAAGCCCAUCAUGCUGAACAUGACACUGGCAACCCUGUGGUGUCUCUGUGCCAUCCCCUUCUAUUUCUAUGGAAAGAAAUUCAGGGGGUGGACUGCCAAGUCUUCAGUGCACAAGAUGUAA